AGUGAGUUUAAUACCCCUCAAAAUCCUUCCAUCUCUCAGAACAGAGGAGUUGUCCAUUUUUCAGACAAAUACAGUGAAAAAGUUACUAUUCAACCAUGUUACAUACCCUCUCCCUGCUGCUUAUCCUAGCCCUGAAAGGACUGUCUACAGAUGAAGUCCCUGAAGUGGCACUUGAAGGUGUAGCAUCCCAGUCCAGCAUCUAUGACAAAUAUGGAAACCCUGGCAAUGCCAUUGAUGGGUCCCCGUCCAGUGAUUACCUGCAAGGAAAAUGUAGUCACACGGACUUAGAUAUUAAUCCAUGGUGGACACUGGAUUUGAGAGCGAAGGUUCAAGUGUUCAGAGUAAAGAUCACCAAUCGAGGAGACUGUUGUGAAGAGCGGCUAAACGGGGCUGAAAUCCGAAUUGGGAGCUCGCCGGAAAGAGGCGGCAGAACAAAUCCCAGAUGUGCCCAGAUCGACUCCAUGGGCCGUGGGGAAACACGCUCAUUUGACUGUGAAGGAAUGCAAGGGCAGUAUGUGACUGUGACCAUCCCAGGCACAGAAAAAUACCUCACGUUGUGUGAAGUCCAAGUGUUUGGUCUACCAGUAAAUUCUUCUGACCUCAUGCUCAAUGAAACUCUGGGUCCAAGGAUCCCCAAUGGAGAUCAUUUUGAAACAGAUAUAUGGAUCAUCCUGAAUAACUCUAGAGCAGCUCCUAAUGUAGCCCUGGGGAAAACAGUCUCCCAGUCCAGUGCCGGAGAGAUUGAGGACAAUCCUAGGAGGGCCAUUGAUGGAUCUUUAUUGAACCAUUCCCCGAGCCACCAGUGCUCACAAACACGCAGAGAUUUCCAGCCAUGGUGGACAGUGGAUUUGAACGCAACAUUCAUUGUGUCCUCAGUGGUGAUCACUAAUCGAGGCGACUGUUGCAAAGAGAGGAUCAGUGGUGCAGAGAUUCGGAUUGGGAACUCACCAGAGCUUGGUGGGACACUGAACCCCAGGUGUGCUACAGUUGAGUCCAUGGAGCUUGGGCAAACACUCUCAUUUGACUGUCAUGGAAUGCAAGGGCGUUAUGUGACUGUGACCAUCCCAAGGCGAGCUGAGUACCUGACUCUGUGUGAAGUGCAGGUGUUUGGUCUGCCAUUGAUUUUCCCUGGUGAAACACUCCGAGCACCAAAGACAACAACUGGAGGCUACCUGAGCAUUGAGGCUGACUGGCUGAUGCCACUUCCCAAAACUAGCCCUGAACAGAAUCCAGUAAAACAGAAAGGUCUCCUUGGAAAAGCCUUUAUUUUCCCAGAAGAAACAGACACUAGCUAUGUUGUCCUGUCUCCAGCACAGCCCUUGAGUCUUGGAGCAUUCACACUUUGCAUGAAGGUGGCCUCAGAGUUACCACCCAAUCGGGAAAUCAUUCUUUUCUCCUACCGCACCAAGUAUUAUGACGAACUCAAUGUGUGGCAAGAGUUUAAUGGCACCUUUAGUUUGUACCUGAGUGGUCCUGGAGUGCACUUCACCCUCCCCAAACUCAACACCUUUGGGAGUCACAUGUGUGUGACCUGGGAAUCCAAAUCUGGUCUCACAGCCUUUUGGGUAAAUGGUAAAAGGAGCUUAAGAAAAGUGCUGAGACCAGGGCAUAGGAUCCAACCACAGGGCAUUGUCAUGCUGGGGCAAGAUCCGGACACAUUCUGGGGCAGCUUUGAGAAGGCCCAAAGCUUUGUGGGAGAAAUAAGUGACCUUUAUAUGUGGGACCGUGUCUUAUCACCCUCUAUUAUCCAGAAUGUUUACCUGGACCACUCAUCUCCCAAGGGAAAUAUUUUUGACUGGAAAUCAUUAUCAUAUAAGUGUACGGGAAAUGUGAUUGUGCCAUCCAAAGCGUAACUGGAGUGUAAUGUGAAUGAAAGGGCUUCUGACAUUCUAAUGUUUCAUUUCUCCUACGUGUGCACAUGAAAUAAAAUAGAACAAGGAAUAGAGUGGAAAACUA